AUGGCCCACACUAUGAAACCACUGGCAAAGACGUUUAAAGGAGUUUUAGUAGGUGAACUUGUGGAUAUUUUUGGAGCAUAUCUUUUGUUUAAUAAGAUGAACACAAGCCAAGCUUUCAGACAAACAACGAGCAAGACAUUUCCCUUCAUCUUGGAAGUUUAUUACAAAUCCAUUGAGCCUUCUGGAAUGUAUGGAGUCAGAGAGCAAGAUCAAGAAAAAUGGUUGAAUAGCAAAAAUUAGGACCAGUCAUCACAUUCAGCCUCCCAUCUAAGCUGUU